AUGUAUGUCGGGCGAUGCUUAGAUAAUUGUAAACGCUGGAAACGGGUCGGGAGGCUUCUUCACAUGGGACGUUCUAGACAAGCUAGGUGCCGACACAUUGGGUCCCUCCACCUCAACCCGGACGGCAUGUUUCCAAACCACAUUCCCAACCCGGAGGACAAAACUGCCAUGUCCUUGACCCGAUCCGCCGUGCUCAACAACUCCGCGGACCUUGGAAUCGUCUUCGACACCGACGUGGAUCGCAGCGGCGUGGUCGACAACCUCGGUAAUCCGAUCAAUGGGGACAGGCUUAUCGCUCUUAUGUCGGCGAUUGUGUUGAAAGAGCACCCAGGGACCACCAUUGUUACGGAUGCUCGUACGAGCAUGGCCUUGACUCAGUUCAUUACUGAUCGAGGAGGGCAUCACUGCUUGUACCGGGUCGGUUACCGGAAUGUGAUAGACCAAGGGAGUGCAGCAAUAAGGAUGGGAUCGAGACUCAUCUCAUGA